AGAGACUUGCAGGCCAUUGAUCCUGUUUAUGGCUGGGAAGUUUUUCUAAGCUGAAGGCCUAGACCAGUUCGCAGAGAUAUCUGGAUGCAGCCGUUGACAAAGGACACAGGCAUGAACGCAGCUUCGGUGACACUUGCCAGUGCCCUGCAGGUCAGGGGUGAAGCCCUGUCUGAGGAGGAAAUCUGGUCCCUCUUGUCGAUGGCUGCUGAGCGGCUCCUGGAAGACCUCCAAACCGAUUCCUCAAACUAUGUGAUCUGCCCCUGGUCACUCCUGCUUUCUGCAGCUGGAAGUCUUUCUUUUCAAGACCAUGUUUCUCACAUAGAGGCUGCACCAUUUAAGGCUCCGGAACUGCUCCAGGGACCAAAUGAGGAUGAGCAGCCCGAAGCAUCACAGAUGCAUGUCUACUCCUUAGGGAUGACGCUCUACUGGUCAGCUGCGUAUCGUGUUCCGCCAAACCAGCCCCUGCAGCUUCGAGAGCCUGUGCACUCCCUCUUACUGGCCAUGUGCGAAGACCAGCCUCGAAGACGGCGGCCACUGCAGGCAGUUCUGGAAGCCUGCCGCGUUCAUCGGGAAGAAGUGGCUGUAUACCCAGCCCCUGCCAGUCUCCACAUCAGUCGACUGGUGGGCUUGGUGCUGGGCACAAUCUCUGAGGUGGAGAGACGAGUUGUGGAGGAAGGUACCUGUGAGCGGCAGAGCAGAAGCUACUUUCUCAGGAGUAAGCUGCAUCGGCCUGCCAGUGAGAACCCCGGAGCUCGAGCCUCUGAUGGUGUGCAGCUGCGAAGAGUUUCAGAGAGAAGUACAGAGACACAGAGCUCCUCAGAGCAACAUUGGAGGACCACGGCUCACAGUCCUUGUGGUUUCCCUCAUGGCGCUUUGGCAGGUGUGGAUCCCUGUGACUGUGAGGAGGGCCUGCGGUGUGGCUCCGGGCCUAUGCUCUUGGCAGAAGCAGAAAGCUCACAGCUAGCAACAUCUUCUCCAAUGAAUUUCCUACAAAGGAACGGAAGGGCGAGUAAAGAGUUCUCCAGACCAGAGUUUAUUCUCUUAGCUGGAGAGGCCCCGGUGACCCUACAUUUGCCUGGAUCCAUUGUGACCAAAAAAGGGAAAUCCUACUUGGCUCUCAGAGACCUCUGUGUGGUCUUGCUGAGUGGACAGUGUCUGGAGGUGAAGUGCCACAUGGAGUCCACAGCCGGAGCUGUCUUCAAUGCUGUCAUGUCCUUCACCAACCUCGGGGAGACCACCUACUUUGGUUUGGCUUAUGUGAAAGGUGAGGAGUUCUUUUUCCUGGACAAGGACACCAGAUUGUGCAAAGUUGCCCCAGAAGGCUGGAGAGAACAGUACCAGAAAGGUUCCACGGACACUUUAACGCUCUUCCUGCGGAUAAAGUUCUUUGUCAGCCACUAUGGGCUGCUCCAGCACAGCCGGACAAGGCAUCAGUUUUACUUGCAGCUUCGGAAAGAUGUUUUAGAAGAGAGGCUGUAUUGCAAUGACGAGACAAUACUGCAACUGGGGGUCCUUGCCCUGCAGGCUGAGUUUGGCAGUUAUCCUAAGGAGGUAGAGAAUAAAGCAUAUUUCCGAAUUCAAGAUUACAUCCCAGCAAGGCUUAUUGAGCGGAUGACAGCAAUCCGGGCCCAAGUAGAAAUCUCUGAGAUGCACAGGCUCAGUUCUGCACCUUGGGGAGAAGAUGCGGAGCUGAAGUUCUUAGAGGUUGUUCAGCAACUCCCAGAAUAUGGAGUCCUGGUUCACCGAGUGUUCCCAGAGAAGAAGAGACCAGAUGGGGAAAUGGCCUUGGGGGUCUGUGCCAAAGGUAUCACAGUCUACGAGGUGAAAAACAGACGCAGAAUCGCCACAUCACGGUUUCCAUGGAGAGAAACUGGGAUGAUUUCAACUCAUAGAAAAAAGCUCACCAUUACCAGCAGCAUCACCGGAAAAAAAUAUACCUUUGUCACAGAUUCAGCCAAGACCUGUAAAUAUUUGCUGGGCCUCUGCUCUGCCCAGCACUCGUUUCAUGCCCAGAUGGACUCCGAGCAGCCACCGCGUCUUUCAAGCGAUCAGGAUAAGUUUGUACACAUAGCCAACUUGAAUUCCGCACACCAGACACAGGCCAGCCCUCUCACUUGGAUUCAGAAACUGUCGUGUUCAGAAAACGAGCUGCGUGCACCCAGGUUGCAGGAUGCCAUGGGAGGCCGGCUGAGCACGUCUGUGGAGAACAUGCAAGGCAGCAAGGAGAUCGGGACAGAGGAGAUCAAAAGCUGCCCUUACACUGGCCGAGAGCAACUGAACAGCAUCAGUUUGAUUCAGAAGCCAAGUCAGCCUCUCUCUGGGACAACUGUCCAGAAUAUGUGCACAGGGUCCCAGAACAGUGGGAGGAAGAGCUGUAUGGGAGAAUCCAACCAAGACAUCGUGUGUGUAACGCUGAAGCGUGAUCCACACCGUGGCUUUGGUUUUGUCAUUAACGAGGGAGAAGAUACAGACCAAGCAAAGCCUGGCAUUUUCAUAUCUUCCCUUAUUCCUGGGGGACCAGCAGAAAAGGCUAAAGUGAUCAAACCAGGAGGGAAGAUAUUAGCCUUGAAUCACAUCAGUCUUGAGGGCUUCACGUUCAACAUGGCUGUUAGAAUGAUCCAGAAUUCCCCUGACAACAUAGUAUUAAUCAUCUCACAGUCAAAAGGUGUUUGUGGAAAUGUCUCCAGUGAAGAAAAGAAUAGUACAGCAAGUUCUGGCACGCUCUGUACAGAUAUCCUGAGUAAUCGGUGCCAGGGAAGAGAGUCAGCGCACACACGUGACCAGGACAGAAAUGCCAGAGGACCAGAAAUGGCUCAGGCUGCAGGUUAUUGUCCUCCAUCACCUCGAGAAACCAAUGCUGGUGAAAUCUACUUUGUGGAGCUGGUUAAAGAAGAUGGUACCCUUGGAUUCAGUGUGACAGGUGGCAUUAACACAAGUGUCCCUCAUGGAGGAAUCUUUGUCAAGUCUAUAAUUCCUGGAGGCCCAGCUGCCAAGGAAGGACAGAUCCUGCAGGGUGACCGGCUUCUGCAGGUGGAUGGAGUGAGUCUGUGCGGCCUCACUCACAAGCAGGCUGUGCAGUGUCUCAAGGGUCCUGGGCAGGUGGCACGGCUGGUCUUAGAGAGGAGAAGCCCCAGGGUUGCUCUACCAAGUCCUUCCGCUGAUGACAGGAUGGGAGACGUGCACAUGGCUGUUUCCCUGGUAACAGCCCGUUCUGGCAGGCCUGCAAGCUGUGUCUCAGUGACAGAUGGUCCUACAUUUGAAGUCAAACUGAAGAAGAACAGCAAUGGUUUGGGAUUCAGUUUCGUGCAGAUGGAGAGAGGGAAUGGCAGCCAUCUCAAGAGCAACCUUGUUAGGAUUAAGAGGCUCUUUCCUGGGCAGCCAGCUGAAGAAAAUGGAGCCAUUGCAGCUGGUGACAUCAUCCUGGCAGUGAACGGGAAGCCCAUAGAAGGCCUUGCCUUCCAGGAAGUGCUCCAUUUAUUGCGUGGGGCUCCAGAGGAAGUGACGCUGCUCCUCUGCCGACCCCAUCCUGGGACACUGCCUGAGAUGGAGCUGGGAUGGCAGACCCCUGAACUAUCAACAGACCAAAGAUUCACCAUGGCAACGUGUACUGAAUCAGAGCAGAGCCCCAGCCUAGAUCAAGAGGACAGCUGGAGGGACAGUGCCUCCCUGGACAUAGGGGAAGGCCUGGGUUCCACACCAGAGUCUUCCUACAAGGCUGUCAGAGAGGUGAAAGGAGACCAACACAGACAGGGACCCUGGGCCAGGUCCCCGAUGCGCCCUAUGGAAUCCCAUCCUCACUUGUGCAAACUCCACCAAGAACCAGAGGAACCAGCGUUGGCUACCUCUUUGGAAAAGGAUAUGAGACAAAACUGCUAUUCUGUGUGUGACAUCAGGAGACUGGGAAAGGAUGAUGCUGAAGGUGGCACAUGUUUUCUUCAUGAAACCUCUUCUCUCACCUUGGAAGAUGAAGACUACCUGACCCUCAACUCCACGUUCUCAGGCCAGCUGCCCUGUGAAGAAUGUCUAGAGGCGGAUUCUGAGACUAUUCCUCUGCCGCAGUUCUGUUCUUGGGGUGCUCUCGCAAAGUCUACACUUCCGGAAGGAUCCCCCGGGAGUGAGAGUGACUGGGAGGAUUUGGAGGAGUCUGUGGCAUCCUCAGACAAAGGCACUACGCAGACAGGCUGUGUCCUAACGUCAGGUUGGGGCAGGGAGAAGCUCUCAUCUAUGGUUGAGUGUGGAAUAGAUGAACUGGUUGGCCCUCGGCUAUAG